AUGACUACCGAUACCACCUCUCUCAGUCCUACCGCCCCUACGACAAGGCUCAAUGUCGCUGCUACUCAAUCUGAUCCAGAAUUGAACAAGCUGGAUGCGGUAAAUGGGAAAUUACCAAAUGGGCAUGAUGCUUUGGAUCUUGCUGAUUCGGCCCAACACGCUGAUAAGCUCGAAGCCAAGAGACUGGAACAUGAACGACAAAGACAUGCUCAACGGGCUAGGUUCGAACAGCAAAUGCAGGAACUCGAAGCUUCUCAACUUGCUGAAGAACGUCAAUUGCUCAAUGGUAAUACCCCCGCUGGCGAAGCUGCCUCUGCACCCACCACUCCUCCCGGUAGAUUACCCCACGGUACGACCGCUUCUGUUUCAGACAACAAAGAAGCCCCAGCACCUAUCGGUCCACCAGGAAGAGAACGAGAAGGUCUCAACGGCGCGAAGAGCAUGCCCGGAAGCAGAAGAACUAGCACUUACGGAGGUACUUUCGGGAUGGAGAAAUUGAGCUUGAGCGUUAUGGCUGAUGCAGGAAGAAGAGAUUGGACGGAAGAUGAUGAUGUUGACGCCGAGGGUGCCCAAAGCUCCGUCAAAUACCUUCAAAUGGGUGAUGAUGAUCCUUUCCCUGGUAUUCCCAAGUCAGACAACAAGCGACUUUCCACCGCCUCUGCUGCUCUUGAUCUCGCUCCUUUAUCGCAAACACCACCUCGUGCAUUCGGUUCUCGACCUUUUGAAACUUCUUUAAAGACCUCUGAAUGGCCCCAAUUUUCUGCUGUUCCAGCUACCGCCAAUGCCAACACUGCUAGAGGAAUGACCUCGCCCCUCCCAGGACAAGGUCUUAUGAGUGAUGAUGGUCGAGAUCCAAUCCUUGGAAGCAGAAAGACCUCCCCCACCGGAAUGGCAGAUUCCAUUGCCAGUCUUCCUGCCAUGCCCAGUAAAUCUGUUCCAGCUACUCCUUUUGGCUUCAACAGUAUUAGCGGUGCCAAGCGAGCUCCUGGUCCACAGGAGAACGCUGGUGAAGGAUUGAGUCACGCUCAAAGAGGUUUCUCAAACCCUGAUUUGGCGAGAGCUUUCGGUAAAGUUGGUGGAGGUUUUUCCAUGAACGAAGCUGGUCGACCCUACGACGCUUACAACGCUUUCCCUCCUUCGGGUGCAUUCAACCCUCAGACCGCCUACGACCCUUAUGGCUUUGAUGACGAUGGAUAUGGUUCCGGAGCACUCUAUCCCGGUGGAUCUAUCGGUUUGAAGAACAAGCGAGCUGAUCAAGAUAGAGAGUUCAACCGAUUCACCGGAGUUCGAAUCGAAGAUAUCCAGGGAGAGCUUCUUCCACUCUGUAAAGAUCAACAUGGAUGUAGAUACUUGCAGAAGAAACUGGAAGACGGUGAUCCGAAACAUAGAGAUAUGAUCUUCAACGAGACAUACGGUCACUUCCCCGAACUCAUGACUGAUCCCUUCGGUAACUACCUCUGUCAAAAGUUGCUUGAAUACUCUACGGAAGAACAACGAUCUGCCAUCAUCGACUCGGUGGCCAAUGACCUCGUCGGUAUUUCACUCAACAUGCAUGGUACCCGAGCGGUCCAGAAGAUGGUCGAUUUCCUCGCUCAACCUAGACAAGCCAAACAGAUCAGAACUUUGAUCAUGGCUUUGAGUCUGAACGUCGUAGCGUUGAUCAAGGAUCUGAACGGUAACCAUGUCAUCCAAAAAUGCCUUAACAAGCUUAUCCCCGAAGACAACCAAUUCAUCUACAAUGCCAUUGCUGCCAACCUGAUCGAAGUUGCAACCCAUCGACACGGUUGUUGUGUGCUCCAACGAUCGAUCGAUCACGCCUCACCAGCACAAAGAAUGCAACUAGUCACUGAGAUCAUCUUCAACUCCCUCUACUUGGUACAAGAUCCUUUCGGUAACUACGUUAUCCAAUACAUCCUGGAUCUCAACGAUGCUAGAUUCUCUGAACCAUUGAUCAGAACUUUUAUCGGUAAUGUCUGUUCGUUAUCUGUACAAAAAUUCUCCUCCAAUGUCGUCGAGAAAUGUGUUCGAGUGGCCGAUCCAGAAGUUCGAAAAGGAUUGGUAGGAGAAUGUCUCAACCGAUCUCGUCUUGAGAAGUUGCUCAGAGACAGCUACGGAAAUUAUGUCAUCCAAACUAUCUUGGAUUACUGUGAUAUCGGACAAAGAAUGCUCCUUGUCGAACUCAUCCGACCCAUUCUCCCAUCUAUCCGAAACACUCCUUAUGGUAAACGAAUCCAAUCCAAACUUGCUCGAGAAGACGCCUCCUUCAGCCCUUACGGCCAAGGCAAUGGUUACGGUGGUAACGGUGGUGGCGGUGGUGGUGGACGAGGGUACGGACGAGGUGGUUAUCAUGGAUCCAACCGGGGACACAUCGGUCGACCUCAAUUACAACAUGUCAACGCUUUGACCGAUAUCUACGGCGGCGGUGGACCCUUCAUGCAAUACGGUGGAGGACACAUGCAUCCUGGACAAGCCCAUUUUCACGGUGGUGAAAGAGGAGGACCUGGUGGACCACCUCCACCCCAAAUGGGACCUACUCAUACUGGAAUGAGCUACCAUGCUCCUGGACCCGAUGGUCAACCAUGGUUACAUCUUCGAGGACCCACCGGUGGACCCGCACCCAACUGGCAUCUUCAAGAUGGACCUGGUGGACCCCCUCAUCCCCACGGACCUCAUCCUGGCAUGCAAGGGCAACAACCUCCUUCAGUCGAAACCAACGGUGCGGAAGUGAUCCUUCCUGAAGAAAGCCUUGUUGGAGGUGCAGGUGUACCAGCCGGAAAUUGGCAAGAUCAACAAGGUCAACCAUUUGUUCCUUACCACAACGCUCCUCCAAUGAUGUAA